AGGCGUGUGACUUAAACCAUCAAGUUAAAUGUCCACUUGUGUUAGAGAAAAGGGCAAAGGCACUUCUUUGCAUAGCAUAUCCAAUUAUAGCUGAAAGAGAUAGACCCAUAAAAAAAUUUGCAGCGGCAACCUAGAUCACAAGGGAUCUAAGCUAGCUGAGCAGCUCCGAUCACCUUCUGCUUCUCUCUCUCUAUGCACCCUUUUUCCAGAGAGAGAAACCACCAACUUUAAGUGAUUUUUCAUGGGUAUGUGAGGCAGGAAAUACUUUCUGAAAGUCAUUUUCUCAGUAUGGAAUGCAAUUGUAUUGAGCCACAAUGGCCACCUGACGAAAUUUUGAUGAAAUAUCAAUAUAUUUCGGAUUUUUUUAUUGCCCUUGCUUAUUUCUCCAUCCCACUAGAGCUGAUUUACUUUGUAAAGAAAUCUGCAGUAUUUCCAUAUAAGUGGGUGUUUGUUCAAUUUGGCGCUUUCAUUGUACUUUGUGGAGCAACUCAUCUUAUAAAUUUAUGGACCUUCAGUAUUCAUACCAAAACAGUUGCUGUUGUCAUGACCUGUGCUAAAAUUUUGACGGCUGCAGUUUCAUGUGCCACUGCUCUUACUCUAGUGCAUAUCAUUCCUGACCUCUUAAGUGUUAAAACUCGGGAACUAUUUUUGAAAAAUAAGGCUGCAGAGCUUGAUCGAGAAAUGGGCCUGAUCCGUACCCAGGAAGAAACAGGGAGACAUGUUAGAAUGCUAACUCAUGAAAUCCGGAGUACUCUUGAUCGACAUACUAUACUAAAAACUACACUUGUUGAGUUAGGAAGAACUUUAGCUUUAGAAGAGUGUGCUCUAUGGAUGCCAACACGAACAGGGCUGGAGCUUCAACUCUCAUACACACUGCGUCAUCAAAACCCUGUUGGAUUUACUGUACCCAUACAGCUCCCUGUUAUUAAUCAAGCAUUUAGUACCAAUCGUGCAGUAAAAAUAUCUCCGAAUAGCCCGGUAGCGAGAUUACGUCCUCUUAGUGGGAAAUAUAUGCCCGGUGAGGUGGUCGCAGUACGUGUUCCACUUCUUCAUCUUUCUAAUUUCCAGAUAUAUGAUUGGCCAGAACUUUCAACAAAACGUUAUGCUUUGAUGGUAUUAAUGCUUCCUUCUGGAAGUGCAAGGCAGUGGCAUGUUCAUGAGAUGGAGCUGGUUGAAGUAGUUGCAGAUCAGGUGGCUGUUGCACUUUCACAUGCUGCAAUUCUAGAAGAGUCAAUGAGGGCUAGAGAUCUUCUUAUGGAGCAGAAUGUUGCUCUAGAUCUGGCACGACGAGAAGCAGAAACAGCUAUUCGUGCUCGAAAUGACUUCUUAGCUGUUAUGAAUCAUGAGAUGAGAACUCCGAUGCAUGCCAUCAUUGCACUAUCAUCUUUAUUGCAAGAAACUGAUUUGACACCUGAGCAGCGUCUGAUGGUUGAAACAAUACUCAAGAGCAGUAACCUUUUGGCAACCCUCAUAAAUGACGUGCUGGAUUUAUCGAGGCUUGAAGAUGGAAGCCUUGAACUUGACAUAGGAACUUUUAAUCUUCAUGCGCUCUUUAGAGAGGUAUUUAACUUGAUAAAGCCUAUUGCAACUGUCAAGAAGUUAUUUAUUUCACUGAGUUUGGCUUCAGAUUUACCAGAGUUUGCAAUUGGUGAUGAAAAGAGGCUUAUGCAAACUAUAUUAAAUGUUGUUGGGAAUGCUGUAAAAUUCUCGAAAGAGGGGAGCAUCUUGAUAUCUGCCUUUGUUGCAAAGCCAGAUUCAGUGAGAGAUCCUCGAGCUCAAGAUAAUUUCCCUAUGCCUGCUGACAGUAAUCAUUUCUAUUUGCAAGUACAGGUAAAAGACUCGGGAUCUGGGAUUGAUCCCCAAGACAUCCCCAAAAUUUUCACUAAAUUUGCAGAAGGCAAGGCACUGGCAACUAAUAACUCCGGUGGUACUGGCCUUGGCCUUGCGAUUUGCAAAAGGUUUGUGCACCUUAUGGGAGGCCACAUUUAUCUCGAAAGUGAAGGUAUUGGCAAGGGAUGUACAGCUGUUUUUGUUGUAAAACUGGGAUAUCCACAGCGGUUAAGUGAUUCUAAGUUACCUUUUGCACCUGGUGCCAUGUUGCCGGUAUCUCAAGGGCGGACACAUUUUCCAGGACUAAAAGUUCUCGUCAUGGCUGAAAAUGGGGUUAGCAGGUCAGUUACAAAGGGACUCCUCGUGCACCUAGGUUGCGACAUAACAAUUGUUGGCUCAGGAGACGAGUGUUUGGGAGCUCUAACUCCAGAGCAUAGGGUGAUUCUCUUGGAUAUGAGUGUGGCCGGUACAGACAGUUAUGAGCUUGCUGUCCUAAUUCGUGAAAAAUAUUCAACGCGUCAUGAUAGACCAUUUGUUGUAGCACUAACGGGUACCGCAGACAGAGUGAUGAAAGAGAACUGCAUGAGGGUGGGUAUGGAUGGACUAGUAUUAAAGCCUUUUUCAGUAGACAAAAUGAGAAGUGUUCUAUCAGAACUGCUAGAGCAUGGAUGUGUAUUUGAUGUCCAAUAAGCAGGAAAAGACAAUUUGCAUGAGAGUGAACACUGCUUUUGAAUAGUAUUCCUGUACAUAACACAAGCUUUGCAGCAGCAGUGGAAUAUUUUUCAAGGAAAAUAACUUAGACGUGCCACAGAGCAAUUUGUGAAUUCUGUCAAACCUGUUGGGUAGGUUAUUUACUUGUAGAACAUUUGACAGUUUUGAGAGAACUUACCAUUGUCUUUUUAGUUAAAUUUGUAAUGAGCUAAUGUUCUUGAUUUGCUUACCAUAAUCAACUUACAAAUCUGUCUAUAA